AGCAAAUCACUAUCUAUAUAUAGUCGAAUAUACUAUAAGCCUCUGCUAUAUAAUACACUAUGAAUAUACUGCGCCGUCUUAGUUUCAACAUUUAUCCAAAAACAAUACAUCAUUUAAAAAUGUCGCAGAUUGGCGAGCUGGGUAGCGGUGCUGGUAAAGGUGGUGGUGGGGGAGGCGCCAUACGCGAAGCUGGCGGUUCUUUCGGCAAAAUGGAAGCAGCGCGCGAAGAGGAGUUUUUCUACAAACAGCAAAAAGAACAGCUUAAAAAUCUCAAAACUAAGACGGACCCCAAAACGCCCGACGCCAAGAAGUGAAGAAAUUUAAUUUAAAUGCAUUAUGUAUUUUAAUUUUUUUUUUUUAAUUUAUUAAGCCAGUAGUAAUUAGAUAAAUAGACGCCUCAAAUUUAGUACUACUUGUAGUUUUAGAGUUUAAACAAUUUUAGCAGAUACAUAUGCACAUGAUCAGCUGUUCUGCAUUUACAGUCAGUCAAAAAAAUAAAAUUGAACAAACCGAGUGAAUACUGUCAUUGUUUACGAAUUUGACAGCACAAAGAAUGUCCGGAAACUGAUAACCUGCAAGAGCUGCAGCUACAUAUGCGUAUUGAUCGAUAAGAAUAAGCUACUAAAUACAGUUUUCACCGGUUUUGCCAUGUGUACAUAGAUCAGUAAAAAAGCAGUGCUAUGGCAAGUACAACCAUACAAAGCGGCUUGAAAAUGGCGCUCAGGAAGCAAAUGAAGGAUGUGCUCAAUAGUAUAAAACCAGAUUCGGUGGCCAAGCAAUCCCAUGCUGUUACCCAAAAAGUUCUACAAAGUGAACCUUUCCGCCACGCCCAACGCAUCAGCAUUUAUCUCAGUACUAGCAAUGAAUUGGACACGACCGAGCUGCUAUGCGAGAUGUUUCGCUUGGAGAAGAUGGUGUUUGUGCCUACCUAUCAGGGGCCUAAAAUGAAAAUGGUUCGUUUGCGUAAUAUGGAAGAGUACGAAGACUUGCCGUUGACAAAGUGGAAUAUCAAGCAACCGAACUUUAAAGAGAGCCGCGAAGAUGCAAUGACCAAUGGACAUGGAAUCGAGUUGUUUAUAAUGCCUGGCGUGGCAUUCACGCGCAGUGGGGCUCGCAUGGGUCAUGGAAAAGGUUACUACGACACCUAUUUGCGCCAACACUCGGAGAAAUACCCACAAAAAAAGGUUACUUUUAUGGCUUUGGCACUCAACGAACAGAUUGUGAGUGAUGAACAGCUGCCCAUGGAAGCGCACGAUGUCCGUUUGCAUUCUAUUAUUACUGAGUCUUAAAUUAUACAUAUGUAGAUGCAUAUUCUCACUAGAAUAUACAAUAACUCUUAUAUUGGAUAAA